GUAUCCCAGCCAGCAGAGGGUAGAGACCCACUGUUUUGUGAACUGUAACGUUUCUGCAGUGUUUUGUGUGACGAUACGCAGUGCAGAGUACAAAGAUGAGUAUUUUGCUGGAAGUCAUGACGGCUUCUCGACAUUUAGCCGACCUCCCGACGUUACUGGCGGCUACGUGUGUGUGCCUGCUCGCGUAUCUGUAUCUCCGGCGGCCCAGGAACCUGCCACCCGGGCCCAAGGGGUGGCCGAUUGUCGGAAACCUCCCCAUGUUAGCCAAUUCCGCCUUUCUUCCCGCCACUCUCAUGGAGCUGUCAAAACAGUACGGUGACGUCAUGACCAUCUGGAUGGGUCGUUUUCCCGCCAUCGUCCUUACUGGGCACGAGACUAUCCGGAACGCCCUGGUCAAGAGAGCUGAAGACUUCUCCAGUCGCAAAGCACCACCAGCGCAGGCAAUGGCGGGUAGAGAUAAAGGUGUCCUGCAAGCUCCCUACGGACCACACUGGAAACAGCAGCGCAAAUUCGCCCUGAUGACUCUCCGGGACUUCGGCUUCGGCAAGCGGAGUUUGGAGGUCAAGAUUAGUGAAGAAGCCGACGCGCUUGUUCAGGAAAUUCUGUCGCAUAACGGACAACCAUUCGACCUAAAAAUCAUGAUGCAAAACGCUGUCAGUAAUAUCAUUUGUUCCAUAGUGUUUGGGGACAGAUUUGAAUACGGCGACCCUGAUUUCCUACGACUGAUUAGCCUGUUGAACACGGUAAUUGAAGCAAAGCCCUCUGUCAUAGACAGGCUUGAAAACAUACACCCCGUGUUUCGGUUCCUCCGCCUCUUCGGAAAAUCAGGCAGGGAUAAAGCGACGAGAAUGCUUCAGACUGUCCAAGAGUUUUGCCGUGAACAGAUAGAGAAGCACAGGCUGACCCUUGACCCCAACGACAUCCGGGACUUUACCGACGCCUUUCUCCUGGAGCAGCAGCGGGCUCCGGAGGAAAAAGCUCGUGAGCACUUCACCGACAAGCAGCUGCAAGAGGUGCUGAUGGAUCUAUUCGUGGCCGGUACUGAGACCACCGCCACCACCACCCGCUGGGCCCUGCUGUACAUGAUGCUCAACCCAAACAUCCAGGAAAAGGUUCAUCAGGAGAUAGACUCGGUGUUAGGGCAGAGCGCGCCGUCCUAUGCACAACGGAACCUGCUGCCCUACACAACAGCGACCCUAGCGGAAGUCCAGCGGAUUAAAUCCAUCGUGCCCCUCGUUGGUCAUGCAGCAUCCAGGGACACCACCUUUAAUGGCUACAACGUCCCUCAGGAAGGAAGGCUUUUGAUCAACCUGUGGUCCGUGCACAUGGACCCUCAGCUGUUCCCGGAGCCGAACACCUUCCAACCCGAACGUUUCCUGGAUCAGGACGGAAACUUCGUCAAACACGAGGCGCUCAUCCCGUUUUCUAUGGGCCACCGGAUAUGUCUUGGUGAACAGCUGGCCAAGAUGGAGCUCUUCAUGCUGUUCGUCUCCCUCAUGCAGCGUUUCACAUUCAAUCUGCCAGAGGGCGCACCUGUGCCGUCCAUGUUGGGAAAGUUGGGCAGUGUUGUCAAUGUGCCUUUCCCAUUUGAAUUGUGUGCAGUUGCACGUGGAUAACUUUAACAGAAAUGUUGGUGAAAUAAAGGCAGGACAAUUAUAAGAUAUUGGAUAUAUAGGGUGCAAAAUUUGUAUACCAGGUAGGAAACCUUAUGGGUGUGAGGAGAAUAUUUAAAAAAAUCUUCAAUAUGAUCAAGCAAAUAGAAAAUACUAAAUGUAACUGGUGUUAUUCAAUCAUUUUCAAUAUUGUUAUAUGUAACGAGUUAUAUACAUAGCAAGGCCUACUAAAAUGUAUUGCAAGCAACUAGAUGGUAGAUAUAUGCAAUGCUGUAAUUAGAAAUUGCUUCAAGAGGAAGUCAUUCUUCAAAUGAGUCGUUAAUUAUUGGGUCAGAGGUAUGAAAUGUUGGAACUUUAUGAAUACUUUCACUUAAAACAGUUUGUAAACAAUUGCAAAAAGCAAAAAUGUUACAUGUAUACUUUUGUUUAAAUCUACGGCAAAUAUGUGUCCAUUUCGCAACUGCUUUGUACGAUUUACAGCAAGGUUGAAAACUUUUUUUAGACGGCACAUGAGCUUUUGAGGGGAAAUGUCAAAGAUGUUCCCAUGUAAAAACGUUAAACGUUUUCAUUGUCUGAUUUUGUCUGAAAAUCCUUGGUACCUCUAAAUUCAGGACAGGGAAUGGUAUACGCUGAAGUCAAAUGUACUGUUUUGGCUUCGGGUUGCAGACAAUGACUGUUUAUUCAACACUUUUUAGUCGAUUAGAAGUAAAUAGUAUUUAGGGUGCUUCCAAAAAGUAACUUAGUUUGCGUUUUCUUGUUGUCUCUAUUUACGUUUAUCCUGAUACAAUAAACAUUUACACAACGUGACGGAAACCGUUUUUUUGUCUUUUAACGUAGUACGUUUGUUAAAUUGUUUUAGACACCACCGUUGCUUCUGUCAGUGAUACGUAGACAUAUAUUACAUUAUUCUACUGGAUACAAAUACUCCAAAGCAUUUAAUGAAACUUUUAAAACCUUCUCAGUAAUCUAAAGAACUGGAUAUUUAAAGUGUGCAGUCUUGGAGGAUGUCUUAUGCUGCAGUUACUGUAAGAGAUCUCUCACCAGUGAAAUUGAAAGAAAGGAUAUUUUAUUCCGAAAUACGAUUAGUUAGAAUAAGACGCUAUAAUAAUGAUCUAAAUGUGAUCAUAUGGACAUAGUGUAAAUACCUCUCUAUUAAACGCUUGACUGUAUAUACCAUAAGACAUGCAUUGAAUUCCUCUAAAUCACAUUAAUUCAUUCGUCAACAAAACACGUUAUGUCAAGGCGUCAAAC